AUUUGUUUUUCAUACGUUCUGCAACAAAAAUUGAAUUAAAACUUAAUUUAGAGAAAAAAUGCGUGCUAACGCAUACGUAUUGGCAAACCUAAAAGGCGAUGUUAAUCAUGUCAUAGUCAAUUCGGGCAUUAUUUAGUAGACAACUCUAAGUAUUGACACAUUUUAUUUAAAUUUCACGUGCUAAAUUCAGAAAAUAUAUUUGAGAAAUUUGUCGCACAAAAACAUUUUCUUCAUUCAAACAUUGCUGAAGUGGUUGUUGCUACAUUCACUUUGUGUUAAUCACCAACAUGUCAAAAGGAAGGGGAGCAGCCGCAGCACCAGCAACUGGAACUUCUUUGAGGGAAUACGCUGCGGCCGAGGAUCGUUUGCUUGACUUUUUCUCACCACUGUCCACAGAAGAGGCAGCUGCUGCCCCAGGGCCAACUGACCCAUCAGCCAGCACCGAUGUUGCUCAACAAAACGAAGUGGAUCCCUCCAGAGACAACAUGCUGGCCUUCAUUUCCGAUGACACGGAACUGCACAGUUUGCUGGCCAACUCGGAGAACAGCUUCAAGGGCUUUGAUAAUGACAUGCAGGAGAACGACAGCGGAGGAGGAGAUCAAAGUCAUGUCUAUGGCGUGCACUUGUCCAUCGUCAACAGCUCUCCCAAACGUGUCGUUCUCAGUCCCCAGAUUACAAAUGCACCGCUGACUCUAAUGAAUGUGAGAUCAACCAACGAUGAGUAUCUGCUAAGCAAUGGCAUUGGCUCGCACUCGCAGCAGUCGAACGAAGAACAGAUGGAUGAGAUUGAGGAGCAACAUGUUAUGGAAGAUUCGGAUGCAGGCUGCGUCAUUUAUGACAACAAUGUAGUGCUCUUGACGGAUGACCAGUGCUGCGAAAUAAUUGUUACACACAGCGUGCAUCCCGGAGCCGAGAUGGAGCGUGCCUAUCUAAUGGCAGUGGAGGAGGAGCAAGAGCUGAACAAUGGAGGUGUUGUCUACAGCAAUGCCGAGGAUGAGGAGCCCAGCAACGAGGCACACGUGUAUCUAAGCGAUGCAGCAAUGGUGUUGGACCAACAACAUCAGCAGCAUCAACAGUUGAUUCUGGAUACAGCAGUCGAUGAAGAAACACCUCAAGUUAGCGAUUCGUAUGUGGAUGAUAUAUGUGAAGUGUACGACCAUGAAUUGGAGGAGCAUGACGACGAGUGUGUGGUAGUUGAGCCGCCAAGCAGUUUGCGGAUGCAAAUGGGACUGCAAGAGAUAGCCAUUGAAGAACAGCAGGAGCCCGAGGAGCAGCCCACCAUUCUGAUUGCCAGCGAUGGUGUGGAGGAUCAGCAGCAAGAACACGAACAGGAACAGGAGCAAGCGGCUGCUGCUGUGCCACAUAGCAGCACUACCGAGUUUCCAGUCAGUUCGACGUCGAUGCCCAAUGGAAGCGACUACGAUGAUUACGACGAUGAUGUGGGCACAGCAGAGGAGCAGUCGCCGCCACAUCCACGCAAGUAUGCGCCGCUGAAGAACACACUCUCUGCGGACGCCAUGGAUCGUCGGCUAGCAAACAUUUGCCAGGCACAGCCACAGAUGAGCUUUAGCGAGAAAAUGGAUAAUUGGAACUGUGCUCUGCAUUGCGACGUCGUCGAAGAUGUGGAAAAUUUUGAGGCCGAGUUCGAGCAGCAUGAAGCAAAACCCGCUGUGCAGCCAAAGUUCAAUGAAUUCUAUGAUAAAUUGCGUCAAAGCAACGCCGAACUCACGAGAGAUUUAAUUCAGCAAACGGCAGCUGGAGAAUUAAGUGCCAUCGAUGCUCACGACACUCCUUAUUCCAGUGAAGAUGUGGCCAUUCAGAAACGACCAAACUAUAGGCGACUGCUGCAGCAUGAUGAGCCCAUUGUGCUAGACGACGAUGACGAAGAAGAUGACGAUGAUUGUAUCGAGGUGCAUGUAACUCCAUCUAUCAAAACACUAGUCCCCGUGCCUGAGUCGGAGUGUGCGGCUGAGCCAGAAAUGGAUUCACAGCCAGAGCCGCAACUAAAAGUGGAAACGCAAGUCGAGCAGCACACUCCUGAAAGAGUUGGCUUUAACACAAUCCAAACGCAAACUUUGCUGCAGUCUCUGCAAACCAAAGAGACCUCCACAACAGACUUGGGCAGCCAAGAGAAACCAUCCUCGUGUGUAAAGAACAAUCAAUCAAUCGUUCCUGAUGAAUUGUUGUAUCAAGCCAUUGUUACUGAGCAGUACACGGAAUUGGAAAACAGCAAAAACACUCAACAACUUAGUGUACAGGAACAAAAGCAGCAAGGUCUGGAAUAUCACAAUCAUGUGCAGCUCAAUGAACAACAUGAGUUUUGCAAUUAUCUCGGGCUCACGGAGCUGGCAACUGCCAAUGCGGUGGCAACCGCAAUGCGAGAAUUGGCCAACAGCAAUGUCGGUCGACGAUCCUUGCGAGUGCGCACCCAACAACAGCUAGAUCGAAUGCGCAACGAUGUGCGCGGCAAACGGGGUCGGCACCAGCCUACGAAAUGCCUUCGGCAAGAAUUACGACUCCAAGUCAAGCACUCGAAUACUUUUUUUCAAUCGCCGACAGGUGGCGUGGAGCAACAGCCCGUUGCUGGGAAAGCUUUUAGUAGUAACGGCAAUGCGCUCUCUUUGGAGGCAGCGUUUGCCAAAGUCUAUGCGGCUGCAGCGCCUGCCCAGAAUGAUCUUCACGAAAGCAUGCAAAAUCGUUUGCGUCAGGCGCGCGAAUCCAAGCCUUCGAUUUACAUUGUCAAGUCCUUGAACAAUUCUGCCUCAUCUGCCGUCAGUCCAAAUGCCUUUGUCCCACCGUCACCUGAGCGCCUGAAGUGCAACAAGACACCGAUAUCUGAGGCAGUGAGUGGGGAUGUUGCCACAAAGACGUCGCAACGCAAGUCGCUAAAGAAGAGUCCGCAGAAGGCUACGCCGAAACGUCGUCGCACGACUGCCGCUGGACCAACAACCGCGUCAACUCCACCUGACCGCGAACUAAUCACGCGUUCAAUGAAUUCCAAGAUGCUGCGCAAUCGCAAGGUGAACAUGCUAAAGACCUUCGAGUUGGCCGAUUUGCCACAGGCUCGCAACAAGCAACGUCUGAGCGGCGGUUCAACUGUCGCUGCGAAGCGUGUCGCAACAAAGAAAACAUCCAAGAAACCGGACUCCUCGCCUGCGCAAUAUCUACUAGUGGACACCACUGAGCAGCAGCGUCUGGAUCAACAGCAGGCAUCGCCAACCAAAUCGACAAGGGUACCGCGCUCUCCAAAGCGAAUGCCGCAGAGAACAUCAAGACUGCGGCAUGAACAGCAAACAGUCGAAUCAAAGUCGUCGAAGCGUAGGUGUCUUCGAGCGAAAUCAUUGCCAAUGGCGUCGAGAGUGGACGAACCGGACCGCGUCGCAGUUGCCAACGCUGAUUUAGGAGCUGUGCCAUCUGUGAAGGGUGCGCUGGAAAUGCAGAAACCUUUAAUGGACACUCAUGAGUUUAUUACGAAUCAUGUCGUAGUGAGUCCGCCGCUGUUCACUGCAGCAAUACGACGUUAUGUAAACGCUGUGCGUAGCCCCAUGGAGCAGCAUCAAGCGCCGGAAGCGAAUGAGGAACAAGAAGAGCAACAGCAUUCACCACCGCUUGAGGGAUUCGUUGAUAAGACUGGCAGAUAUUCUCCGUUUGCCAAACCUGCAUUAAUCUAUCCCCCAGAGUCAUCGCGGCCACGUUCGCCACACUUUUCGCGACGUUCACGUCAAAUGGCCGGCACACAUGUUGACUUUGAGAUGGAUAAUGUGCGCCAGAUGCAAAUGGCACCGCCUGGUGCUCUGUUGUCGUUCACCAAGGGCCCAACAACGCUUCGAAACCCGCUGGCGGGCAAAAAUGGCAAAGUUCUGUACAUGUACUACGAGCUAGAGCAGCUCAUUGUAUUGCAGGAGCGAAUAAUCACCUUCUGGAAGUACUCGAAAAUCUUUAAUGUCCUGCAAAAGCCCAAGCCAGACGAUUUAACUACUAAUGCCGCAACGUCCCAGCAACACUCAUACAACAUAUUUGGAGCCAACACAAGUUCAACUGGCAACAAUAAAAGCACUCGACGCACAACUGGCGUCUCAGAUGAUCUGGAAUCGGAUAGUAUUGAUCAACAUUGGGUGUACUUGGGUGGCACUCGGCGCACAACAAAUGAUGUGGAAGUGGUCAUGCCUUACGCAAAUCGCCUGUGCGCGCACAAUUCAACGCCCGUCUAUAUUGAAAUGCGAAGCCACCAACUGGACCACCACAGACGUGAGAGCAUGCUGUUGUCUCUCUACGUAAAUGUAUAUUACUAUUGCGAGGAGGAGAUGCGUCCCAAAUUGCAUUCGGUGCAUCUGGAUGCGGUCAAUUGCGAUUGGAAUCAGGUUAUCUACACCUGCAUACCAGAGUCACGCUAUUUUGUUAUGGCUUGGCAGCAGGAGAUCGUCAUGGGCAAGCCAAGGUCGGGCAUCUGCAAAUAUUCGCUGACACCGACAUUGGAUACGCUGGCCAGCAUACGUGAGUUCAAACAGCUGCGCCACGAAUUAAUACAUAUCGAGUGUUUAAUGGAGGAUCGAUUGAUUGGCUAUGGGCAGACGAGGAUUACCAUUUGGGAUCAUCGCAGCGGCGAUACGUUGAUGAACUAUGAUUUGGGCUUCGAUCUUGGACAUAACCUGGGCGUCAUGCAUUUCCCCAGCUUCGAAAUGGAUCAGAGCAGUUUACUCGUCUUGUAUCAGCACGUCAAAGAGCAGAAUAAGUGGCCAGAGUUGCGGAUCAUUGCUUGUGAAUUAUCUCAUGCGACACCAUCACACCGAUUGCUGCAUGUACAUCGCUUGCCUUCGCCUCAAUUCGAUUGUCAACUGGUGGCCAUCAAUACAGGAGAUCACUUGAUACUCAAAUCGCCAUCGGACGACGAGAUUUGGAUUAGUAUAACUGAUCCCCGGCAGCUAACUUAUCUGUCGCCGCAAGGAUGCCAACGCUAUUACACACGACAAAAGCAGCAGGUCAUCAUAAUGACACCGGAGACACUGACCGUAGACAGCAUUACGAAUCAUAUCCUGCACUUAGCCACACAGCAUCAGAGUAUGAUGAGGAUGGCGGCGGCUGACUUGGCUGCCACAACUCGCUGACAGUUAGAACCAGACGAAUCCUGUGUACACCAAAUAUUCCAAAACAAAGAUUCAAAACAAAAUAACGAAAAUUGUCCCGUGUUUUAACUGUAGCUUGGGAGCACUCACGUGAAUUUAGAUUUUAGUUUGUUAAUUUUGAAUUGUUUCCCAACUUUUAAUGCUUACCAAGAUUGUUCUACAAAAAAAAAAACUUUAUCAAUAUGAAUAUAACUAUGUACGUUUCGCAGAUGCUCUUGGAGCAUAGUAUAUAUAAUCUUCAUCAUUUAUAUAUUUAGUUAACCACCAAAUAGAUGUAAAAUCCAACUGUAAUUAAUAUUAGCUCAUUAAGUCGAGGAGAAAUCAAUCAAGCUUACGUAUAUUCUAUGUAUGUAUAACAAUCGUUGUUUAGAAAAUUGUGAAAACCAGUUGAAUUAUUUUAUAAUUUAGAUUAAGCUAAUGCGUUUCUAUUUUUAUUUUCUAAAAGAAAAACAUGAUUUAGGUUAAAAUCUAGCAUACUGCUAGCUAUGUACAAUAUACAGUAACUGCUCUUACAUUUUUUUGGAGUAGAGCGUGUCAUAUUUAGUUAAAAAUUUACAAAUCACCAAAAGAAACACGAUUAAAAACAAAAGCCAUUACAAAUCA